UCUCUCUCUCUCUCUCUCUCUCUCUCCUCCCGAAAAAAGCGAACAAGAUUGGCUAAGAGAGGGAGAUCGAAGACGAGAAAGAAGAUUGAUAAGAUCGGAGGAGAAGAGAAAAAGGGAUGGAUGAUUGAUGCCAUUUCGCGUCGGAUUCCUUUUGAACCCUUCGUUGCAGGUCUUAGGAUGAUGGAAUUUACUGUGCCUUUUUCUGUUCUCACAAGUACAAGUUUUGAUAAAGGAGGAUUUUCUUUUCUGAGACAUACAAGAUGACCAACUUUAAGCUGGGAAAGAAGCAAAUUCAUGCAAGUUCAUCUUCUGGUUUUCAGUCGGAAAGGAUGGAUGAAUCACCUUCUUUACCUAUGGAUUCCAAGUCUUUCAAUCCAAAGAAACAGGUUCAACCUCCGUCUAAAGAAAAAUUGCCACAUGGAAAAUCUUCUCUUAUACUUCCAAACAGUGACAUAGAUGAACUACUGGAGUGUCCUGUCUGCAGCAAUGCAAUGUUUCCACCUAUUCAGCAGUGUCCGAGUGGGCACACACUGUGCUUCUCCUGCAAAAACAAAGUGAACAACAAAUGCCCAAUUUGCCGAAAGGAAAUCGGCAACAUACGGUGCUUGGCACUGGAAAAGCUUGCUGUAUCCCUCCACCUCCCCUGUGCAUACCAUCAUCUGGGCUGUGAAGAAAUGUUUCCCUAUUACAGCAAGUUGCAGCAUGAAACACGGUGUAUUUACCGGCCUUACACAUGCCCGCAUCCAGGCUCUGAUUGUCCCUUCACCAGCGACAGUCUUGCUCUUCUAUCACAUUUGAGGGAACGCCACAAAGUGGACCUUCAAGCAGGAUGCACUUUCAACCACCGUUACGUGAAACAGGAUCCAUGUUCAGUUGACAGUUGUUCAUGGACACUAACGCUUUUCAAUUGCUUCGGCCAGUACUUCUGUCUCCAUUUUGAAGCCUUCCUGCUUGGAUGUGAACCGGUGUACAUGGCAUUCCUCCGUUUCAUGGGCGAGGAGUCGGAAGCAAGGAGGUACAACUAUUGCCUUGAAGUUGGAGGCCACGGGCGAAAGCUGAGAUGGCAGGGUGUGCCGCGAAGCAUCAGGACUCACCACAGGAUGGUCCGCGACAGUCAUGAUGGCCUCAUAGUUCACCGGAGCCUGGCCCUAUACUUCUCAGGUGGCGACCAGAAGGAGUUGAAGCUUAGAGUUUCUGGCAGGAUUUGGAGGGAGAUGUGAGAAAGAAAGGCCCAGGAAAUCUCGUCAUUUUGUAAAGAUUUUUCUUUUUCUGUGAGCUUUUUCUUCGUCUCCCGCCGACUGGUGUAAUUUGCAGAAAUAUAACACAAUUCUCUGCUUCAGGCAUUUUGCUAUUUGAUUUGGUUAAUCUCAUUUAUCACAUUAAAUAUUAUUAGUUCA